AUGUUGAUGGAGAUGGGAGAUCAGGUGUGUGGGGGAAGUAUCAUAGCUGACAAUAUCAUCCUUAGCGCUGCCCACUGUUUCGAGGAUCCUGGCAGUCUGGACCCAAUCCGAUGGCAGGUACGUGUUGGAGCUUACAAUGUUAAUUCACGGACGAUCUAUGAAAGUGUUCACCACGUUCGGAAAAUCGUGAUGCACGAGGCUUAUGAUACAAAUACUGUAGCCAACGACAUUGCCAUAAUGGUUUUGUCAGAGAGAAUUCACUUUGAUGACAUGGUAAAACCAAUAUGUCUUCCAACAGACUCCAUCCACGUAACUGAAGGGCAGCAUUGCCUGUCUGCUGGCUGGGGAGAAACAAAAGGAACUAGCUCACAGGACGUCCUCAAUCAGGUUUUCGUGCCAAUAUUGAGUGACAACACGUGCCUGCGUCAUGACUGGUACGGGCACGAAUUUAUACCCGCCACUACGUUCUGUGCAGGAUACGCAAACGGCGGGAAAGACAGCUGUUUUGGAGACAGCGGUGGGCCUCUUAUCUACAGGUCUGGUGCAACAUGGUAUCAGUUAGGUAUAACGAGCUGGGGAUAUGAUUGCGCCCAACCGAAACUGCCUGGGAUUUACACUGACGUCACCAAGUACACGUCAUGGAUACAACAUCAAGCCACUGUAUUUGGAGCUCAUAUUAUAACAAACAAUGGAUAA